AAUCAUUUAAGAAUGUGUAAAAGUAAUUGAUAUGUUGACUUGAACAAAGUACAUGAUAAACUACAGAAAUUAUAAUAAAUCUGUCGUGUUUCAUGACAUUUUGUAUGCAUCAAUAAUAAUGAAUGUUUGUAAUUAUCCCGUAAAGAUUAAAUCCCGUUGCACUGAAUGUUAUCCGGAAAGUAUUAUAUCAUUUUAUAAUUCCAGUCUAGAAGUUUUCAUCUUCCAGUUUUAGUUUGAGUCAUAAAGGCAUGGAGUGUCGAUUUCAUAGCGAAUUCCCGUUCCGAAAAUCCCCUUUUCCCAGUUCUACUGCAUCGUGAAAUCCCGCUGGAAAAGUCCCAACGCGACUCACGGGCCGCUGAUAAAUCUACAAUUCAUUAUUGCUACGUAAACUUUCCAUCGUAACGGGGUAUGAUUUCAUGCAGGAUCAUUCUUACGUAAAUUCCGACUGUUUCAGUGACACUGUAACGCGUCUCUGUGACGUUCCCUCCACCUCUACCACCUCUAUUCGAUCGUUACACUCGUACCACGUGUAAACUGUUGCUCAGUUAUGCCCCACUGAUUCCAUAGGCAACAAUAAGCAUCAUUUUAUCGUGAGCAAGUGAACACACCUAUCACGAUUUUAUCGCUAAUAGCCAAUGCGAUUGCAUUAGAUUACAGUUUUGAAAAAAGGUACCUACGAACGGGGAAAAAUGAGAAACCGAAAGAAGAAAGGAAAAGAUCGGAUCAAUACCGAUCACGUGCUCGCCCGGGGAGGAAUGACUUCGUCCAAUCGAUUUGUUAAUCAUUGAUGCAGGUAUAUCGAUACGUGUGUCCGACUUACGAAGAAAGAAGUAAUGGACACAAAUUUCAAAACACGCUUUUUGUACAGCGAAAGGAUUGAAGGAAAUUCUUCCUAGAUUUAAUUUUAUAGAAAAUAUAACAAAUGCAUCAAGGAUAGCAAUGAUUUGUGCACCAAUCUAAUAUUGUUUAUGGAACUGCUAAACUAAAGAAAAGUUUUCUUUGAACAAAUGCUCUAUCUUUGUAAUAGUUAAUUGCAACCUAUUGCAUCCCGUUGGCGCCAGUAUAGUACCAAAUUUAGCUUGUUAUAUAUAUUCUGCCAACGAAUCACAAAAGGUUUCUUAUCUCACUUAAAUGACUAUUUAACAUGAUGAGCAACAUGAUUUAUUAUAUUAUUUAAGUUUUAUGCUAGUGACGUGCUUUCUCGAACUACCGCAAGAGUAACACUUAAAAUAUUCACAACCUUUAACUAUCUUUAACUCGCGUGACUCACACCCAUCUUACCAAAUCGAAAUCGAACAAUGAACUGUGACUUAUGCUAUCGUUAAAUCAGGAUAUUUACAAUCGAAACAAAGCUGAAACUGCCAGAAAAUGAUGGAGGUAAGAUAAUUCUACGUUGGCUAGAAUCCAGUGUUUAAUGACUGCUGCGGACAAAGUGGAACCGAGGAACAGCGCGUUUCAAAGUCAGCAGACCGAUAUUGCCGGUAGUCUGGCCAGUAGAGUAGGUACUGACAAUGAAUGCUCGAUUCGUUGAUUUUCGAGGACACUACUCUCGACAGAACGAGCGAAACGACAGUCAUGAGAGAAUGCCGACCUCGGCUCGAGGUUCGCAUUGCCGUGUGUUUCGCAGCACAGUCCCCACCGCUUCAGGAACACGAGUCUAUGCAACCGUUUAAAUAUACAGUAGCUGUAAAAAGUAUUGGCGCGCCGCUGCGUUUUUUCAGUAUUUAAAUACAUGAUUAACUAGAUUCAAGGGUGUUGAGUUUCCUGUAAAUUAAUAUGUAUCGUGUUUAGUGUGGAAUUAACAUUAGAGAGCGUCUCGUCGAAAGCCAUAAUCACGUGCCAAUGCUUUUUGUGGCCACAGUGUAUUACGUCAAGUUUCCCGAAAUGUCGAGAAAACAAGCGGAAUCGUCGUCCAAGGAAAGGCAGGAAGGUAAGACGGAUCCGGGUGCUAGCAGACACGGGAACUUCAUAAAUUAUUACCAAUUCCAUCCUGCGGAAGAACGCGUGCGGCAACUUCCGUGUGGCGUGUGGCGGUCGUCCCAUCCGGACCGGAAAUACGUAGUCCUAGACAUCGGCUGCAACGCCGGGGACUUGACAUUCGCGUUGCACGAUUUCCUCGAGAGCGCCUUAUCGGUCGAUCAACCGAAGGAGAUCUGCUUGCUCGGCGUGGACCUCGAUCCGAUCUUAAUCGAGCGGGCACGGGAACGCAAUCGGCGGCCGGAUCGUAUUAUUUUCGAGUGUCUGGAUUUUCUGGACGAAGACCGUAACCGGACACUAGCCAAAUACCUUCGUCGAUUCGAGAAGUCACGCUUCGACGUCGUGUUUUGUUUUUCUGUUGUAAUGUGGAUUCAUUUGAAUCACGGGGACGAAGGAUUGGUUAAAUUUUUACAAAAGGUUUGCUCCAUAACGGAUAUGGUCGUGGUCGAGCCACAGCUUUGGAAGUGUUACAGAAACGCCUCCAGAAGACUGAGACGAUUGAAAGGCGAGGAGUUUCCUUUGUUAAAGACGUUGAAGUUUACCGGCGAUCUGACAAUGCACAUCGAACGGAUAUUGACAGAAUCUUGUAAUUUUCGAAAAGUCACUGUUACCGGGGAAAAUGAGUGGAAACGGAGGCUAUUAAUUUAUGAGAGGACGUGAGCAAUCGCUCUCGAGAUUGAUGAGUUUCCGUAUAACGUCAAAUGAAGGAACUACUAUUUUCCUUUUGUACAGUCACUGAUAUUGGCAAAAAUAAUAUUAUAUGUGUAUGUAUUGCCUUUUAUAUCGUAAGGUGCAUUUGUAGAAGUUUAUUGUACUACAAAUAAACAGAAAAGUUCGAUGACCGACAGUA